ACUACCUCAAUCAACCUAACCUUUAAAAUGUCAACAAAUAAUCAUUUUUCUGAAACGAGAACUAUCGAAAAUAAAUUUUAAUGUGAAAAUGUUAGGUUAAAGAUUAAAGUGUCUAAAGCUUUUUGUAAGAGUCCUGGAACGAUAUUUUGGCAACCAGAAUGUCAACUUUGGAGUAUUCCGAAUCUGUUCGAGCAUGGGGAAGAUCUUCAUGGAAAAACGUCCACAACUGCAAACUGUGUCCCUAUUUUACAACAUCGGUUUUCUUAAUGGUAAACCACGUGCGACGACACCGUUCAUCACAGGAAAAAUAUACGUGCGAAAACGCCAAAAUUGAAGAGUUUUAUUGCAAAGACUGCGAUUUUAAAACGGAAUUAACGAUUCUAUUCAAACAACACAUUAAUAAAAAUCAUAGCCUUAAAAGCGAAUUUAGGGACGAUUUAUCAAUUGAGGACUUCAGUGUACAAAACUACGUUUGCAAAAAGUGCGACUUUGAAACAAAUCUAUCGUUGAAGUGGCUUCAACAUACUUCAAAAUGCGUGGGAAAAAAAGAAAAUCUAGCAAGUGUGAGUUCGUGGAAAGAAAAUACUACAUCUAGUUUCAAUUUCAAGAAAAUUGACGGAGUACGUUGGUAUUACUGUGCAAUGUGUUCAUACAAAGUUAGAAAUAAAACUAAUUUAAAACGUCAUAUGAGAAAACAUGAUUUAAACAAACAAUAUUCAUGUGACAAGUGUCCAUAUAAAACCAGAUGGAAAGAAAAUUUAAGCAUUCACAUAAAACAAAACCACUUAGACGAACGAGAUGUUGAAUGGCACAAAUGUGAAAAAUGUCCUUACAAAACCGUAAGAAAAAUUUAUUUAACGAAACACAUAAACAACUUACACUUGAAAGACGAAGAAGGUAAAUGGUACCAAUGUGACGAGUGCCAAUUCAAAACAAGGUAUAAAUGUCAUUUAAAAACUCACGCAAUUUUAAAACAUGGACCGUGGCACGAAUGCGAACAGUGCCAAUUUAAAACAAGGGACAAAAGAUCUUUAACACACCACGAGAAAGUGGUGCAUUUAAAGAAACAAAAUGCUGAAAAGCGUAAAUCAUUUAAAACCGAAAAUUCGUUUAACUCGAACGAUGAAGACCUUAAGAGUAAGUGCUACGAAUGUGAAUAUUGCCCAUUCAAAACUAAAUUGGCGUUCAGUUUACAAAAGCAUGUAGUUUCGCAACAUUUGAAUGACAAAGAAAUUAAAUGGCACGAAUGUGACAAAUGUCCGUUCAAAAGUAAAUUUAUUUCAAAUUUAAAGAGACACAAAGAUUAUCAUCAUUCAGAAGAAGCAGAGUGGCAUGAAUGUGACAAGUGUUCGUAUAAAACGAAAGUAAAGCACAAUUUAAUACAGCAUGUACAUGUUCAUUUUGACAUCAAACCAUAUAAGUGCGAAUACUGUCCAUAUAAAACCAAACGUAGUUCUUUUUUAAACAUUCAUAUAAGUAAGUACCACGAAAAUCAGAUCUGUUCAGAUGGUAAAGAUGUUAAAUGGUACAAGUGUGAUAAAUGCCCUUUCAAAACUAGAGGAAAAGAUUAUUUAAAAAGUCACAUAACCAACUUACAUUUGAAUGAAGAAGAGAUUAAAUGGCAUCAGUGUAAUGAGUGUCCAUUUAAGGCAAAAAAAGCCUAUCGUUUAAAAUGUCAUGUCAUUUGUAAACAUUUGAAUGAGGAAAAAAUCAAAUGGUACGAGUGCGAAUAUUGUCCACAUAAGGCGAAACUCAAGGAAUAUUUAACGGCCCAUAUAAAUAAAUAUCAUGUUGAAAAAACGGACGCUAAUAAAUGGCACAAAUGCGAUCAGUGUCCUUUCAAAACAAAAUUUGUAACAUUUCUUUAUAAACACAAAGAUGAACGACAUAAAUAGGACUUAAUUUAAAUUUUAAUUUAAGUUUGGUGUAGUAGUAUUAAGUCGAUUGUAUAUAUCCAAGUACGAUUUAGUGUUUCAAGG